GGAACUUAUAAAAUAUCAAAUAAAUUAUAUUUAAAUCAAAUUGAUUUAUUUAGUAAAAAAUGUAAAAACAAAGAAAAACUAAAAAUAAAGGAUACAGAUCCUUUAUUUUUUUUAAAUUAAAAUUUAUUUUUUGUAAUUGUUUUAUGUUUUCAUAUAUAAAUGUUUUCAAUGUUUUUUUUUUUCAUUCCACCAAACAAUUUUUUUAUAUUUAAAUAAUAAUUAUCUUUUUUAUAAAAAAAAUAAAGAUAAUUUUCAAACACAAUAAUAAUAUAAUAAUACUUUAUUCUAUAAUAUUACUAUAUUUAUAACAAUAAUAAUAUUUUUUAAAAAUGUCAGCCACAAGAGAAAGAACUAGAGAAGUUUUCGGUUUCAAAAAAGAAAACAUGGAACAUCCAAAUGUUAUUCUUUACCAACAAGAAACUGAAAAAUUAAAAAGAGAUUAUAGAGAAUUGUAUGAAGCUUCAAAAUCAUGGAUGGAUUCAUUGGCAAGAAUGAAGGUAGAAGGUGAACUUUUAUCAAAUACCUAUAAGAAUUUUGGUGAAACUCAAUACCAUAGAGAAGGUGAAAAUCUUUCCAAAGUCUCAAGAUACAUUGAUCUUUUCAAUAACAAUGUAAAGAAUUUAUAUGACAAUGUUGAAGAUCAUUACUUUAAUGAAAUCUCUGAUAACUAUAAGUUCCAUAUCAAGAACAUUGAAGACCAAGACGCCAAAACACACAAAGAUAAAUUGGCCUAUGAAGAUGCUUUAACCAUUUACAAUAAACCACAACUUCACGAAACUGAACAAAAAACCCAUGCUCGUUACAACAAGAUGACCACCGCCCAAUCAGUUUUCUUAGCUAGUUUCACACAAUAUCAACAACUUAUGGCUGAUAUUGAAGGCAGAACUGAAAAACAAGUUCCACAAGCUUUCCGUAAUUUAAUGAAUGCUCUUGAUGACUUUUUUGAUAAAGGUCGUCAAGAUUUUGGCUUCAUUGAUCUUCCAGAUUGGAAAAAACCAGAAAUGAGCGAAAAUAUGCUUGAAUCAACUCUUCAUCAAGAACACACCAACUGGGAUAAACCAUUAAACAUGGAAAAAGAAGUUCCAGUCCUCCAAAAAGAAACCAUUGAAACUAAAGAAGAGGCCUCAGGUUCUGGUACCAAAGUUACCACCACUAAAACUACCACAACCACAAGUGCUGUUGACGGUGAACAUUUAAAUAAAGCCGACACAAUCGGUCACGGUAACAUGUAAAUAAUUUAAAAAUAACUAAAUUAUUUAAAAAAAAAUAAAAAAAUAAAAACCAAAAAAAAACCUAUUUUAUUUAAUU